AUGAGCAAUCAACAACCGCAAGAACAACAACAACAACAACAGCAAGUGGACAGCACUCCUCCACCUCGAGAAGAAGACGAAGAAGAAGAAAAGUCCGAAACGCCUCCACAAGCGUACGACCCCGAACGCGUCUACACGCCCGAACAACUCGAAGUACUCAACGUCCUGGUCCAUCCCAUUUGGAUAUUUGACUUUUGUGAUCGUCGCAUGCGAUGGGCCAAUGAAGCGGGCUUGGAAAUGUGGAAUGCCAGUUCCUUGGAGGAACUACAGAAUCGAGAUUUCAACGACAUUUCCGGUGCCGCCGCCAAACGCAUGGAAGACUUUCUCGUCCAAUGCGAUCUCGGUCUCAACAUGACCGAACAAUGGACCAUGUAUCCCAAAGGCAAGGCCGUCACGGUACACAUGAAUGUCAGUGGCGUGCGAUUGUCACAGGACGACGAUCACAAGAGCCUCCUCUGUGAAGGCAUUCCCUUGGUGAAGGAAGAAUUGGUCAAUGAAUCACUGCGAUCCAUGGAAAUGUUACGACACUUGCCCAUGGCGGUUUGUCAAUUCGAUAUGGAAGGAAAAGUCAUGUUCCAGAAUCCAGAAGCUGUGCUCUGGAAACACUCUUCGAACAACAAUAGUAAUAACAAUAAUCCACCAGGAGGAGGAGACCAAGAAAGCAAGGAGGAUGACAUGACCGAUACCAUUGACGGUUCCGCUACGGAAAUCGACGACGACAAUCGAUCCACCACAUCCACUACAACCAGCAGCAGUGGAUCCACCGCGAACGCCGCUGCAAAGAAAAUGGCCGGAAAUUUACUCAAUCGAUUCGUUGACCCCAACAUUGGGAAACAACUCUUGCAACAAAUUCAAACGUCCACGGAACAAUGUGACAUGGAAGCCAUGCUCAACACCAAAAAGGGACCCCGGUGGUCCGCCAUUCAGGUACGCAAGGUCAAAGACCCAGUCACAGGAGAAAGUGUCAUUCUAUACAAUGCCAGAGACAAGACCGAUGCCGUCAAUGCACGAAAAGAAAAACGAGCCAGAGAACAAAAGUCCGAGUUUCUGGCAAUCAUGGCGCAUGAAAUCAGAACACCGCUGCACCAGGUCACUGGCUUUAUCGAUCUCCUGGAUCAAACAUCCCUCAACACGGAACAGAAAUCAUUUGUCAAAUUGCUACAAUCCUCAGCGCAGGGACUCAUGACUGUGAUUAGUGAUGUGCUCGACUAUAGUAAGUUGGAAGCUGGCAAAAUGAAACUGGAAUGCAUACCCCACGAAGUAAGAUCCGUAGUGGAAGGUUCCAUGGAAGCUGUACGACAGUCAUGCGAAGAAAAGGACCUGUAUCUCAAACUGGAAUGGAACAAGGAUAUCCCCUUCAAGCUCAUGGGAGAUCCCAACCGAUUGCGACAAAUACUCCUCAAUUUGCUGAGCAAUGCUGCCAAAUUCACCAAAAAGGGAGGGAUCAGCGUGAAGGCCAUGACGGUUGAAGAGAAGGUGACUAUCACUAGCAAGGGCAGCAAGGAGAAUCAAACCAACAACAACAGCAACAAAAGCGACAAAGUACCCAUCCGACGACACAAAAGCAAACCGAGAUUUCGUCCAAUGGUCAAGUUUGUGGUGGAAGAUACUGGAAUGGGGAUUUCGCAGGAGCAUCGCGACGUCAUUUUCCGAAAAUACCAACAAGCAGACGUUUCCGUGGCGCGCAACUUUGGAGGUACGGGACUUGGCCUCAGCAUUUGUCAAUUGCUCACGCAAAACAUGGGCGGGUCCAUCGGGGUAGACAGCACCGUGGGAAAGGGGUCCCAAUUUUGGUUCACACUACCAGCCGUUGUUCCCACCGAAAAGGAUCCAGUUGAAUCAAGUGAAAGUGACAUUACGGAGGAACUGGGAAAUCAACUGCAAGUGCUUGUAGUCGAAGACAACAAGGUGAACCAAAAGCUCAUGGUCACCAUGCUGAAGCGGAUGGGCCACGCAUGCGCUUUGGCAGAAAAUGGCAAAGAGGCAAUUGACAUGAUCGAAAAGACUGAAUAUCACUUGGUUCUAAUGGACAUUCAGAUGCCUGUGAUGGAUGGUUUAGAAGCAACAAGGCGACUGCGAAGUAUGGGGUACAACAAUCUACCAAUCUAUGGACUUACUGCCAGUGUCGCACGAUCAGAUUUCAGAGAAUUUGGAUUCAACGAUUGGCUGCCAAAGCCGAUUCCGAUGAAGGCUCUCAAAGCCAAACUGCAUCACUUCAAACAAAAUCACUUUCAACAGGCAACUCACACUGGACCACAAUAA